GACAAAGGGCUUUCUGAUUCACCCACCGCGGUGGUUUGCUAGCGAACCUAAAACAUUGAUGUGUAUAUUACUCUUGGUGUUUAGAACAUAAUUCUGUUUACGUGUUUACGUUUCUACUAGUUCAUUUAAACGUGAUUUGAUACGGCACGAGGCUAAUCGCUCGGAACAUGAGCUCACUAAGCUCGACGGAGAAAGAAGCUCUGGUGAAAGGAGAGGAAGAAGCUUUCAGGAUGAAAAGAGAGGAAGAGGAGGCUAUCACAUUGAAAGAAGAAGAGGAAGAUAUUACAGUUAAAGAGGAAGAUGGGAAAGAUGUUGUCAGAGUGGAAGAAAAGGAGGUAGAAGCUUUCAGAAUCAAAAAAGAUGAAGAUGCCAUAACAUUGAAAGAAGAGAAUGUAGUGAAAGAAGAGGAAGAACCUUUUGGAUUAAAAGAGGAAGAGGAGGAUAUCUCAAUAAAAAAGGAGGAGACUGAAGUUCCGAUUUCCACCAGAGAGAGACAUGACUAUCCUGGAUCCUCUGGGGAGCCUCAACAACAUCCUGAUGCUGACGAGGCAGAGAAGAGUCUCUCCAGAUCAGAACACCAGAUGGACAAAGCUAGCCCUUCCUCCCUCCCAGAGUCCCCGUGUCAUGCCUCUCCCGGUAGCCCCUUACUGCUGGGUAUGAAGAGGUUGUCUGUGCUGCUGGUGGACUGCAGGAAAACAACGGGGCUGAGUGGAACUGUGAGAGGAGGAGAAGAGAAGGAAGGAUCAGAUUUGACACAUCAAAGAGGAAAACCAAACUCUGCGGAACCAGGGACUUCCAAACCAGCAAGACAACAUCUCUGCUCCCAGAUUGGAAAGAGUUUUACCAAGUUAGGAAGCCUGAAAAGACAUGAGAGGACACAACCAGGAGAGAAGCCACACAAUUGCGCACAGUGUGGAAAGAGUUUUAACCAGUUAGGAAAGCUGAAAGUUCAUGAGCGAAUACACACAGGGGAGAAGCUUUUCAAUUGCGCAGAGUGUGGAAAGAGUUUUAACAAGUUAGGAAACAUGAAAUCUCAUGAGCGAAUACACACAGGGGAGAAGCCUUACCACUGCUCCCAGUGUGGAACUAGGUUUACCAAGUUAGGAAGCCUGAACAGACAUCAGAGGACACACACAGGGUCGAAGCCACACCAUUGCUCCCAGUGUGGAAAGAGUUUUAACCAGUUAGGAAACAUGAGAUCUCAUGAGCGAAUACACACAGGGGAGAAGCCUUUCCAUUGCUCCCAGUGUGGAAAGAGUUUUAGCCAGUUAGGAAGCCUGAAAGCCCAUGAGCGAAUACACACAGGGGAGAAACCUUACCACUGUUCCCAGUGUGGAAAGCGUUUUAACCGGUUAGGAAAGCUGAAAGAACACAUGAGACUGCACUCAGGGGAGAAGCCUUACAAAUGCUCAGACUGUGGGAAGACAUAUUACUCAUCACAGUCACUUAAAAGUCAUAUGAAAAUCCACACAUGUAUAAUAAUUACUUCUAGUGUGUAAAUUGAUAUUUCACAUCUCAUUGACUUAAAAUUCAUCAGGGGACAUACACAGUGCUCCCAUUAUCUUAUAUUGUUGACUGACCAUGUGUUUACCUGUUGAAACCAUAUGAAAUUGAAUUGUACAAAGUAUACUCAAACAUAUAUUUGUUUGUUUCUAUUAGAAAACAUGAAGUGUAUAUGGAGUUAUGUCAGCUUGAAUAUAGAGUAGAUCAGAUUCCAACUGUUUAAAUGGUCCUUUUUUAAACUCUGUGUUUAUCUGACUGUGUGUGUUUAUCUGACUGUGUGUGUUUAUCUGACUGUGUGUGUUUAUCUGACUGUGUGUGUUUGUCUGGGUGUGUCAUUCCUCCAGCACUACAGAUAAUCAAGUGAUAUUUGGAUGUGAUGCAUUUGCUCCAUUGUUGACAUUUUCAUCGUGGCCCACUGAUGAUUUAAUGACAUGAAAAUAUUCACUGACUCGCUCACGGAUUGACCCAAGCCUCCCACUGUAUGAAUAAAUGUUGUUUCCACGUCAUUUCAACUAAAUAAAUCCAUGUGAUGUUAGAUCAAUGAUAUGAAAUGAAAAUGACUCCAUGUGAUGUUUGAUCAAUGUAGAAAACUGAUUGGAUUUGUAAAAAGCAUCAAUAUAAGGUUAUUCACUGAACUUGCAACCUAAAUCCAAUGACAAGUGACAUUUUGUGUUGAUUUAAUGUUAAAUUCACUUUAGUUGACGACUCAAAGAAAUGUAAAUAGAAACUAGAUGUUGAACUGACGUCUGUGCCCAGUGGGCUGGUUUGAAUAAGCAGCAGGUGUUGGAUCGAUAUCCACCUUAGUAGCUAAAUUUCCGUGCAAUUUGCGACAGAUUUUCAUGUGAAUAUUAUCAAAUCUGCAUAAAACAAUAUAUACAUUUUCCCACCAGAA